AUGUCUGACAUCACCCCAGACACCGACCUGCUCACCCUCACCGACGCACAACGUCUCGAACUUGCGGAAAAGCUCAAAUCCGAAUCCACCUCUCACCAACCCCUAAUCUCGCACAUCGAACCGAUCGAAGUGCUCGAGCAUGAGUAUUCCUCCAACGAGCCCUUCUUGGGUAAGAUCCGAUGGUUGCGCGAUGAAGCAGGUUUCAUCGGCAUUCGUCGGGCAAAGGGGGAUGGAGAUUGUUUCUACCGAGCAUUCGCCUUUGCUUUUAUCCAUAAGAUUCUUAUGAUGAAAGAUCGUCCUAUGCAUCACUUUACGCUGAAACACGUGGAGAGUACGCUGCAGCUGUUGAAGCAGGCUGGGUUUGAGGAGGAGGUGUAUAUGGACUUUUACGAGCCUUUGAAGAAUCUUUUGACAAGGAUGUACUCUACGGAUCCAGAAACGAAAGAGUUGAACGAGGCGGAAUUGGUCAUCGCGAUGAACGAUCCGGAGCAGAGUAAUUCCAUCGUUGUCUACCUUCGACUUCUUACUUCGGCUUUCCUCAAAAUCAACGCUGAAGAAUACACCCCCUUCCUCUUCAGCCUGGAUAAUGCAAAUUCGGAUGCCAGCCCACCCGACAUGCCCACUUUCUGCGCCAACCAAGUCGAGGCGAUCGGAAAAGAAGCUGACCAUGUUCAAAUCACCGCCCUCUCCCGUGCACUCAAAGUAAGCUUGGACGUAGCUUAUCUCUCGCCCAGCCAGGCUCCACCGGAAACACCCAUCGACGAAGAAUUCCCCCCUGAAAUCGAACAACUUACCACAUCCCAAACCAAUGCCCACAAAUCCACCCCCUCCUCCUCCGCCACCGGGACUGAGUCGAUACAAGUUCCCGGUGCAGAUGCCGAAAAGAGGAGGAGUGCAGCAGAACAUCCCAACCGAUGCGACGUAGUUCGAUUCGAAGUCGAAGGUGGGCAGAUCACAGAGAUCGGUACAAUGCUGUUGAGACCAGGACAUUAUGAUUUGCUGGUCGAAGCUCCUGCUCCUGCAAGUCCCGAGCCUGAGAUUCCUCCUGUCGAAUCAGCUUAG